CACGGACUUUAUAAAUGGUCGGACAGCGGGCAGCAGAAACACAGUCAACACCGACCAGUCACCGAGCAACAAAACAUGAUCAAGUUUGCCGUUCUCGCCCUGUGUGUGGCCGCCGCGGCUGCCGGCGGUGGAUAUGGUGGUGGAUAUGGUGCCCAGAGCCACGUCAGCGUCCAACAGUACAAUCCCUGGGGCAGCAGCAAAUACGGAGUUCACCAGACUCACGCCACUUAUGCCGGCCAUGGCGGUGGAUACGGCGGAUACGGAGGAUACGGCAAGUUUGUCGGAGGUCACGCCAAGGUCUACGCUCAGGCCCAGGGAUCUGAUGGAUAUGGACACGGCGGAUACGGCGGUGGACACGGUGGAUACGGCGGUGGACACGGCGGAUACGGCGGUGGAUAUUCCUACGGAUACAGCGCUGAUGUCGGACACGGUGGAUACGGCCACUAAUUUAAUUAUAUUGAGCGUCGUAACAUCGCUGUAACAUUGUCUGAUGUUGUAGGCCAUAUUUAUGUUAGAGCUUGUACGUGUAACGACCGAGGCGACCCCUACUCUGAGUCGUCGACUGCGCCGGCCGCCGCCGGGCAGUCAGUCUUGGUCAGUCUCUGCCGAGUCUCGGCAGUCCACCGACGAUUCACGCUCAUAGUGAGCCUCGGUCACUCGCUAUGUGACCCAGUCUCUCUCGCUCUCGGUCUCUCUCCUGGACUCUCUCUAUUUCUCUAUCUCUCGUCUGUCUCGAGUCAAGAAAUACAGUGAGGUGCCGAA